AUGAGAUCCUUCCACGAGUCGUUAUCGAAAUGCAUGGCCCUCAUCGCAUUCCUGUGCGUGGGCUUAUCGCAUGCUCAUACGGUCAUCACCUAUCCUGGAUACCGAGGGAAUAAUCUGCAUACCAACGGCACUGUCGAGAAUGCCGACGGUCUCGGAGCAGCAUUUAGCAAUGGGUCCUACUCUUACCCAUAUGGAAUGCAAUGGAUCUAUCCUUGCGGUGGAAUGCCUACGUCUACAAAUCGAACCAAAUGGCCCGUCGGUGGCGGCGCCGUUGCUCUCCAACCUGGCUGGUUCCAGGGUCACUCCACAGCGUUCAUCUAUAUGAAUCUGGGUAUCGGAGAGACGCCGCCCAACAUGAGCCAUCCGAUGAUCUCGCCAUUCCAGAUCACAGGCCCAACCAACGAUCCCUACCCGGGCACGAUCUGUCUCCCGCAGGUUCCAUUGCCAGCCAACAUCAGCGUGAGUCCUGGUGACAAGGCGACGAUUCAGGUCAUCGAGCUGGCCAAGCACGGCGCGGCUCUUUACAACUGCGUGGAUAUCGAGUUCGCCGAACCGGAAGACGUCGCCGAGGUCACUCGCGAAAACUGCUUCAACUCUAGUGCCAUCACCUUCCAGUCGGUGUUCACUACGGAAUCGUUGAAAUCAGCUGCUAUCUCUUUGGACCCAACGAGACAGGCUAUUCGAAACGUGAUUCCGUUCUUGAUGGCCGCGGUGGUCGGGUGGAUGUUGGUGUAG